AUGGCUCAUGGAUCAUCCCCUGCUCUUGAGGGUAUUUGUCAUGAAAAUGGCAUACUGCAUAGAGAUGCCCGUAGCCAAGAAACCUUAAAGGACCAGAAAGAUACAAAAACACUUAAUGCUUUUUGCACAGCUCAGUUGUAUCCAAAAUGCAAUAAGAAGAGGUUUUGCAUGACCCAUGACAAGACAAAGAACUGGUAUAUUUUUAUAGAAACUCAGCAAGUCAAGAAAGAAAGCCUGAAAGUUCAGAUCAACGCAACCAGUGAUGCCGUGUGCAUGAGAUACAUUCGUCCAGGUCCAAGCACUAAACUGGAAGGCUUCAUCCUGGGGUACGGAAGCAGCUUCUUCUCUAACCAGUAUAUUCCCCUACCAUCUAAUGGGAAAACGUACAUUACUGAAGUUGAUGCAGAGCCAAGAUACUUGAUUGCAGUGAGGCCAGCACCUGUGCCUAAUUACAAGAAACCCUGCUCAGGUAGAAGAAAGACACCCAAACCCCUUCAACUGGUAAUAGGCAAUUUAACUCCAACAUCUGUCUUCCUAUCCUGGGGAAUAUUAGUUAAUCCAAAGCAUGAUUGGACUAAAAUGAAUAACUGUCCAAAUGACAGAUUUUAUACAGUGCGCUACAGAGAAAAGGACAAGAAUAAGGAGUGGAUUCUGCAGCUUUGUCCAACUACAGAAACAGUGGUGGACAAUUUGAAACCUAACACUAUUUAUGAAUUUGGAGUGAAAGACAAUACAUAUGAUGGGAACUGGAGUAAGAUUUUCACUCACAAGGUGGCUAUAGGUGGUAAAAACAAAGAAAAUGGACAACUCCAGAACAAUUACAAGUUACCUAAAAUCCAAACACAGUUUAUACCAGAUUCAAAAACUCUUGUUCCAGUUCAAGUAAUCAAACAAGUUCUUCAAAAUAUCACACAUCGGACACAGUCUGAAAUAAAGUCUCCUUUAUCAGGACCAAUAUUAGUGCACCUUAUUGUUCCUGGUUUCAAUGCAACACAACAGAAACCUCCAUCUUCCUCAAGGUUGGAUAUAUUUGAAAAACCAAAGAAAAUUCUAGCUAAGAAUAAAACUCAAGAACAGCUUACAGAAUCAAAGACAACAGAAGUAAAAGAAAUCACCCCACAAUCGCAGACUGCUUCCUCUGAACAAGACUGGGAAAGCAGUAAACCUACAGCUCCCAGUGUCUCAGAAGAAUCUGCAAUCAAUCAAGCUUCAAGCAAAAUGCAGCCAGUUCCUUCAGAACCCCAAACACCUGGUCCACAGACUAUACAGACAAAACCAGCACCAACUGAAACACCAUUUACUACAUUGAAAUGGAAGCAUUCUGCCACUCCAGAAGGAUGGCAUGAGAAACUUGCAGAAAAAGAAUCACAACAGAAAACCACUACUUCUAGCAUUUUUAAAACCUCAGAAUUGCCAAGAACAACAAUGGUUACCAGCAAAUUGGUUCCACUUCCUGCCACAACUAAGAUAUCUGCCACUGAUGGACAUCCAGUGGCAACAAUGGCUUCUUUUGAACCAAGCCCUGUUCCACCAAAAUCUAAACAACCCGUGCCAGAAGUACCACAGAGGAAACCUGUUCCAACUGAGGCUGAUAAUUACCUUCCUAAACUAUUGACCACACGAGAACUCCCCAUUACUGAGCCUGCUUCUUUUGAACCAAGCCCUGUUCCACCAAAAUCUAAACGACCCGUGCCAGAAGUACCACAGAGGAAACCUGUUCCAACUGAGGCUGAUAAUUACCUUCCUAAACUAUUGACCACACGAGAACUCCCCAUUACUGAGCCUGCUUCUUUUGAAUCAAGCCCUGUUCCACCAAAACGUCCCGUGCCAGAAAUACCACAGAGGAAACCUGUACCAGCUGAGGCUGAUAAUUACCUUCCUAAACUAUUGACCACAGCAGAACUCCCCAUUACUGAGCCUGCUUCUUCUGAACCAAGCCCUGUUCCACCAAAAUCUAAACAACCCAUGCCAGAAGUACCACAGAGGAAACCUGUUCCAGCUGAUGCUGAUAUUUAUCUUCCUAAACUAUUGACCAAACCAGAUCUCCCCAUUACUGAGCCUGCUUCUUUGGAACCAGGCUCUGUUCCAUCAAAAUCUAAACAACCCAUGCCAGAAGUACCAGAGAGGAAACCUGUUUCAACUGAGGCUGAUAUUUAUCUUCCUCAGCUAUUGACCACACCAGAACUCCCCAUUACUAAGCCUGUAUUGGAACCUAUUACGUUUAGCAAUGAACUUCCAAUAGUAGAUGCAAAGGUCAAGCAUCAGGUUUCCACCCUUAAAACAACAGUGAACCCACACAUGCUACAUCCAAAACCUGUUGUGAAAGCUACUGCACUUAGAACAGAAGCACCAAAGACCAAAAUUGAGAAAGAUUAUGUCAAGCAUAAACCUCAGACCAGCACUGAAGUACCACAGCCUCAGCAUGACAUGGAAAAGGUUAUCUUUAAAACUGAACAAGCAAAAUCAUCAACAGCUCCUAAGGAAACACAUCGAGUUCCAACCAGACCAAAAACUUCUUCCAGUCCUGGUAUAAUUCCAACCAAAUCCAGUCUAAAAGUCAAACAUCCUGUUCCAUCCAAACCUAAAACUCCUCCCAGUCAAAAAAUACCUCAAUCAAAACCAGAAAUUAUUCCAUUCUCCCAAGAUCCUAUCACAACUAUGCCACCUGUUGCCCCUGAAAAGACAAAGGAAACAUUUGAUCCAAAAGAAACACGACUUCCUUCUUCAAAACCCAAACUGUCUGACAAACAAGAAAUAUCCCAGACUAAACCUGCUUCAUCUAGACCCUACAGUACAGUAACAACCACCAAAACUCCACGUCUGAAAACUGUUGUCCUUAGAACAACACCAGCCCCUGCUAGAACAAGAACACCGGGGCGACUGUCCUGGAGUAAAAUGCCAAGAGGUGACAAAUUAACAAACGAAGAUGUUGCCAAGCCUCUCAGUACAAGCUCUAGUACUAAGUCCAGCAUACCACUGGAUUCCUCAAUUACAAGAAAAAAAACAGAUCCAGUAGCUACUGCCAGAACUACACCAAUACGAAGAAGACCUUUGCCACCCAACACUGUGACUGGUAAACCUGGCCGUUCAGGAAAUGUCUUGAUGCCACGAGCUUCUUCAUUUCUCACGUCUCCCGUAGCAAAACCCACUUGGCCAAGUUCCCUUGUGAAAACAAAUGCAGCUAAAAAGCUACCUACAGCAGCUUCUUCUCCAGAUUACAGUAAUCCAAUGUUCAGUUCUAUCCCUACAACAGAGACUGAUAUUACAGGCACACCAAGGUAUACAGGUGACCAUGUGAAAUACAUACAAAAAGAAGAUGAUGUUCCAUGUUCCAUCACAGAUACUCUGCAACACUUCCCAACAGAGAUGGAGGAUGACACAGACAUGGCUAUUAAUGCCCCCCAAAAACCUCCUACAAACCUCACUGUGGUGACUGUUGAGGGAUGUCCAUCUUUUAUCAUACUGGAUUGGCAAAAGCCAGAUAAUGAAACUGUUACAGAAUAUAAAGUUGUAUCAACAGAAAAUGGAGGCCCAGCUGGAAAAGAUAAGUCCAUUAUAACCACAAAUCAAACCCAUUCUACAGUGGAAAACCUGAAACCUAAUACAAGCUAUGAAUUUCUUGUGAUAGCUAGCAACCCUCUUGGGGAAGGCCCAAGUAGUGAAUCAAAGCCAUUUAGAACUGAAUCAGCGGACCCAAGAGUGACAGAGUCAAUUUCAAUGGGAAAAGAUGCAAUUUGGACUGAAGUCAGUUUUAAUUCUGAUGACUAUUCUGAAUGCAAGGGAAAACAGUAUGUCAAGAGGACUUGGUAUAAGAAAUUUGUGGGUGUUCAAUUGUGUAACUCCCUUCGAUAUAAAAUUUACCUCAGUGAUUCGCUUACAGGUACAUUUUAUAAUAUAGGAGAUCAGAGAGGACAUGGAGAAGAUCAUUGUCAAUUUGUGGAUUCAUAUUUAGAUGGAAGGACAGGGCAAAUGCUUCCAUCAGAUCAACUGCCUACCAAAGACGGUUAUUUUAGAGCUGUUCGUCAGGAACCUGUCCACUUUGGGAAAAUAGGAGCUGCAACACACACCACCUAUGUUCAUUGGUAUGAGUGUGGAACUACAAUACCUGGAAAAUGGUAGAACAAGAACCAAAUUAAUGCUCCGUGCUCAGAGAUAACAAUGUGUCAUGAUAUUACAUACUGAAAUCUAGCGAGAAUACUGCGUUAAUUUUCAAUAGCAUUGGCUGCUUAAUUAUAAAUGUUCAGAUUUACAGUUCUGUUGCAGAAAGAACAUAUCAUAAAGUGAUGUCUUGGGAAGCUGGCUCCCUAAUAGUCUCUUAUAAUAUUACCUACUUAUUGUAAAAGGUGUAGUUUAUUUUUUUUUAUCAUUGUUGUGAUAUUUUGAGGCACCUUUACUGAAAAGUUGAUAAGAAAAACAUAUUAUCUUCUGAACUGUAUUAAUGUACAUUGCCAAUGGUCACAUUCUAGCUUCUUGUUAAACACAUACAAAUUAUUCUAUCAGUUAAUUCCAGGAAGUUUCUCCUACUUUAUAAAAGAUCCAGUCCAACUGAAAAGUUGCUGACUUUAUUCGAACUUUAGAAACCCAUACCAAUAACCAUUCUGCCAUCCAAAAUACAUGAUAAAUCGUCCUUAAGAUUGUGCAAGAGCUACUCAAGGCAAGGGAGGUGUCAGUUUGGUGGUAUGCACUUUAAUUCUGCAUGCCCAGGAUACAUUUGACCUAUUGCAGCAAAAAAAAUUAUAAAAUGGCAUUAAAAAUUGGUUGUAUGUAAGGAAGAGCUUGGUUUUGAUAGCAUUUACUUUUGGUAUAUGUAGUAGUAGUAUCACUCGGUAUAUUUUUGUCUCCCACCAGUGAAUUGAAUUGAUGCUAACUCAUAGUAAAACAUACAUUCACACACCCCUACAGUAAUUUACAGAGGAAAAAUACAUUGCUACAGCAAAAUAAAGAUGCAAAAGACUUAUAUUUGAGUUUUUUGUUAACAGAAGAGUAUUUCUCAAAAUACUGUGCGCUCUGGUAUAGACAUCUAAAUACAAAGUUCACAUGCACUAUGCCAUUUACAAAGGCUAUGCAAGUAUUUCAAGCAGUUUUUCCUCCUUAAAGUACACAGCAGACUCAAUCACACACUUCUUGAAACUGUCUUUGGAAAAUGUGUAUAUUCAGAUUGACACAGUGUGUAAAUCUACCACCAGACCAUCAUGUCAAGAAUGCAAUCAUGCAGUUUUAUUUAAGAGUAGAGGAAUGUGGACUAGUGUGUAGUCUAGAAGAUCGUCGAACCAUACGCAAAGCACAUAUAUUUUAAAAAAUAAUUUCUUUAUAUAAAAUUGAAGGGUAAUGUGAUCUACUUUAUAGAAUGGAAAAUGAAGACUGUCUUUGAAAAUAAUUUAGCUGCUCCCUGCAUAAAGUGCUAAGUUUAUAUUGCUUAAACAUUUAAACAUUAUAAGGAGAUGUAAGUUUUAAUGGUGUUUAGUCAAUGUAUUAAAAUAUAAGAAACAUAAGGAAUAUUGAUUUGGUUGUUUACAAAAAAUCUAAGUACACUGCAGGUACAUUGUACUCUUAAUAAAAUAUUUUUAAUCAUAAA